GCCAAAUCCCCCACAUGCAGGAGAAGGGAGCCCGAAACUUGACGCGCUGCGAUUGAAAUGGCCUCGUUAUCACCGUCGUUGCAGUCCUAUGGGUAUCAGUUGGGCAGCCGUGUGGGCGGCGGACAAUUCGGGCAGGUCUACUUUGUCGCGAAGGCCUCUGACAAGGCUACCACACUCGUCGCCAAGGUCUGCCGACGGCACGUGAUUUCCUUCCUCUCUCAUCCAUGUGGUGUCGCGUCAUGCAACGUCGUGCAGUUGAUCCAGCCAGCUGAUGACAAGACCAAAGAAUCCGCACUACAGGAGGUAUCUACCAGGGGGCAAAGAAAAUCAUGAUGGAGCGUGUUUGACUGCAUAUUCGUUUAUCUAUUUACCCGCAUCGCGUGCAGGCCCACCUACUCAAGAUGCUCAGCCAUCCCCACAUCGUGGCCUGUGUUGAUGCCCUGCAGCUCGACACGGGCCACAUCGCGAUCGUUCUCGAGGUAAGGCAGCUGCUAACUACCUCCAUGUCGUUGUGGCGAUCUCCUGAUUGGCACGUGCGUCAGUUCAGUACUGCGCCGGGGGCGACCUAUCGGCAAAGGUCGAGACCUGCAAACAGAAUCCCAAUCAGGCCCGCUUUACGGAGGAGAGAAUCAUGUUGUGGUCAGUCCGGAGACAGAGAGGAAAGGCUCACUGGGAUGGAUCGACGCUGGUGUGUGUGCAGGUUUGUGCAGAUGGCGGAGGGCAUCCACUAUCUGCACCAGCAGCGAAUUUUGCACAGAGACAUCAAGUCAAAAAAUGUCUUCCUUGAUGGGGCAGACAAUCUGAAAAUUGGUACGGACAUGCGCCCGUGAUUUUACUCUUGAGCAGUACGAUUACGUGGUUUUUGUCUUGUGCAGGCGAUUUGGGUCUGUCAAAGGUUUUCACAGGGCAGCAGGAGGAGGCCAAGAGCUUUGUCGGCACCCCAUUGUAUCUCGCACCUGAGGUAGGGGAGAGAGACGGAGGCAGACAGGCACCUGCAUGGAUGUAUUCACCCGACCAUCAGAUAUGCGAGAACAAGCCCUACACCUACAAGGCCGACAUAUGGGCGCUGGGCUGUAUCGUCUAUGAGCUGGUCGCGCUGCAGUCGGCCUUCCACGGCACCGGGUUGCUCCAGGUGGUGUGGAAGAUCGUUACAAACCAGCCGCGGCCGCUGCCGCCCGAUUGCCCAAGUGGCAUCAGAGACAUUAUCAUGUAUGGGAUGAUGGAAUAGCGAGGGAAGACGUGACGGUGUAUGCGGCGUUGGCUUCUCAGGCGAACGCUGGAGAAGGACCCAGCGAAGCGCGUCAGCCUCGCUGCGUUGCUGCAAGGUACUUGGUUGGAAGGAUCGGGAUCUUUGUUUGUGCUCAUUUGUGUCUGACUCCAUUCAGAUGAGUACGUCAAGGGCUACGUCCAAAAGAAUGCAUCAAGACACCAGCAGGCAGCGAUCCCCUCCGGUCCCCCACGGCCAAGUGUCCCGACAAAAAGCACACGUACGCAGCGCACCAUCACCAACACUUUUCUCAAUAUUCGAGCCAUCCAUGUGUCUCCUUACCUCCCCAUCCCACAGAUCCACGUCACGCCCUGCAGCCGACGGUCUUCUCCUUCCCGUCCCCCUCAAAGCCGUCCCCCUCGCCCUCUCCCGUGCCGCCCACCGCCCCCGUUCCCCACAAUCAGAAGACAGGCGGGUCACUCCGUGCUCAGGUGCGCAAAUCUGUCAGACACACACAUCAACACAUGCACACAAUCGAAAGGAUACACAAAGACCUCGCCCCCUUCCCUCAGAGAUACUCGGCGAGACCAAGGCUGUCAGUCGACAAGUCGCAGGCAUCCUCAGGUGCGUCCACUGCCGCCCCGCCGAGGCUGGAGAUAUCGGCUGUCGGGAGGCGGUCGGGAGACACACUGGAGUACUCGGUGAGCACUGCGGGGGGCGGUGAGAGGAACAAGGACGUCGGAGGGGAAUCUAGUCAAGACUUUGUGAUGCUUUUUGCAAAUCGGGGUAAGUCAGUCUGUGUGGGCAUGUCUUCCUUCACCACCCCUGUGUCUGUGUCUCCUUCUCCAUCUGCAGAGGCGAGUGAGCGUGCCAUGGAUAAUUCGUCGGAGUUGCAUGUGCUGUCUGAAGCGUACGUGUACGGCGUCCUCCUGAAGAUGCGCAUAAAGCUCGAAAAGGCCGGCAGCACCGUCGAGAAGCUGUUCGCCAGAUUCGACACAUCCAAGGACGGCAUGCUGAACAUGCAGGAAUUCAUUCAGGCCCUCUCUGCCUUUCCCCAGCUGGGCCUGUCCUCCUGGGAGGUCGUGGAGCUCUUCAAACACUUCGACUACGACAAGAACCAGCAAAUAUCUUUGGCCGAGUUCCGCAGCACACUGGAGAAUGCCAACAAAAAUGACGAAUGGUCAGGUUUGAAUUCGCCCAUCAGAUCUGGUUUCGGAACUGCCGUCCUCGUGGGCAGUCGUCAUGUCCCGAAGGAGAUGCUGACAAAUGGGGACGAGGCUGAUGUGAUGCUGCCGCUGGGAAUGGUGAAAGAGGCGGUGGAAAGGGCCGGCUACUCACUCAGAGAGGUCUUCGAAGAAUAUGACACAUAUGGACGAGGGGCGAUUGCACAGGCACGUGUAUGGCGCGACUGCAUGCCUAGGGUGCAUUCUCUUCUUCUUGUUGUGUUCAGCACGACUUCCAGAGGUUGGUGGCCAUGCUGGUCCCGAGCAUGCGGCCGAUCGACAUCGACAGGCUGUUUGCCAUGAUGGACAAGGACAAGAGCGGAGACAUCAACUUCAAGGAAUUUUUAGCCAACUUCGAAGACCCCACCUCCCCAUACCACAAGAUGGUCCACUCCCCCUUCAGCCCAAUGUCUCCGGACGCAUCGCCUGGAGGCAUGGGACAGCAUCACGGUAUCAGCAGCGAGUCGGGCAUGUCGUGGAGGAAGCGGGACCCGCUGCACCGGCUGCCUGGGCUGGUGAUGAGUGAGAGGUACAGCAAGCACGUCCUGGCCCGGCUGCAGCGGCGGCUGGUCAAAAGAGGCCUUUCCGUGCGGGAGGCCUUUAACCUAUAUGACAUGGACGGGUGGGGGCACACAUGUGCACACGCGCGAGACACAAAAGGCAGCUGCGUCUCUGUGUCUGUGCGUCUGUCCGUAUAGUGAUGGUGCGCUGGACUUAUCUGAGUUGAAGCUGGUGAUUGCCUCCCUGAAUCUGGGGGUUUCAGCGGCAGAGGUUGACCACCUCUUCGCUCGUCUGGACCAGGACGGUGACAAGGUUGUCACACUGAGUGAGUUCGAGAGGGCGCUGGCCUCCGCAUCUGAAGACAAGAGUGUGCUGGCCACUCGUGCGUGGGCCAAGGGGGUGCUCGAGAAAAUGGGCGAGGGGAUCGCACGAGCAGGUAGGGACAGAGAAGGACAGACGUGUCCCCUUCGUCAAGCGAUCUGAUGGACAUCCAUACCAGCAGGCAUGACACUAGAGGAGGCAUUUCACAAGUUUGACCGCCACAACACUGGCAAGAUCCCGCGGGCGUCGUUCCGGGCGGUGCUCCAUCUGUUCGAGCCAUCGCUCACCAACCGAGAGCUCGACUCUGUUUUCGAGGUGGCCGACAAGGUGACCGAUGGACUCACUGACCGCAGCAAAGUGUCAUGGGCGCUUUUGGUCGUGUGUCUCCCUCCUCCCUCCCCUCUCAGGAUAGUUCUGGCGAUGUGGAUUGGCAGGAAUUUCUGGAGGGCACCACAACAAGCUAGCUAGGCCGGGAUUGGAACAUUUGAGUGUGUGGGACGGCCGCUUGGUCAGAACUUGUGCAUGUGAGUGCGCCUGCUACAUUCAAGACUUUUUCACACACAUCACAUUCACGUACCAAAGGCAAGUGUCGAU